GAUAAAAUCCAGAUUUCCUUUAAUUAGGGGUUUUUCUACGGCGCCAUUUGGGGUCUUGCUGUGCAUUUGCACCGGUCAUAAGUUGUUCACCGCGCGCUCCAAAACCCUUUUCCUUUUUAUGCUCUAAAACUCAAAGCCAACACCUUUAAUAGCUCUGCUGCUAUGGUUAUACUGUUCAUCAAUCAAAGCAGCAUCGGUUUCAAUAAUUCCCAUGCUUAAAGUGGUACCAUCUUAAUGAUGUCGGUCUCUCUUCACUUUCCAAAAACGUAUCCACACUGAAAUGCAUUUGGGUUAGUGUCGAUUCUGCUUUCUCUAAGGUGAAAAAGGUAAGUUCUUGGAUCAUGCUUGCUUGCUGAGGUAACAAGGAGAAGGAGAAUUGAAAUCUGAAUCUUGGGUUUCUUUUCUCUUCUGGAAAAGACUUGAGAAAGAAGGAAAGGUUUCAUCUUUCUAGACUCUUAAACAAUGGAAAAGCAUAGGAUUGUAUUGUAUAAUUCGUUCUGUUUUGAGUUUUGGCUGUGUUUACUCGGGAAACAAACAGGGGUUGUCAUUUGCUAUGUCUUUUAGUGUGCAAUAAGUAAAAAAGACGAACUCAAAAUGCUUUUGUAUUUUUCUGAUCUUUCUUGGUGGUUUGUUGCUCAGAUCGUCUGAAUUGUUCUGCUGCUGUCCUUAUGGUAGUCUUUCAGCAGUUAAACUUCUAUGAUGUGGGUUAGAAUGACAAUUCUAAAUUUCAUUUCAAGGGUAUGAACUGUGUCAAAUUAUAUCAGUGGAUGCAAUAAAAGUUUUUGUUUGUUGAAGGAUAAGGAGUAGAAGCUGCAGUAACAAAAUGCUAUGGUAGAUCCACUGGCUGCAUGGGAGGCUUUUUUCACCUUUUUUAUUUCAAUCGAGGCAGCAUGGCCCGGAAAAUACAUAAACAUAAAAGACAUGAUGAUGGGUUGGAAGCUCCUAGAAAUAGCUUGGACCUGCAAGUAGAAACUUCUCAGAGUUACAAUGCUAUGGGAGAUAUGUUGUACUCUUAUCAGGUGGAUGAAGACUGGCCGGGGAAGAACUAUUAUCCAGUUGAGGCUUCAAUUAAGAAAUUGAUUAAUGAGGAGAUAUCUCAACAACCUAAAACCAGGCAAAAUGCACCAAGCAUUGUAGCUCGAUUGAUGGGGAUGGAUACAUUGCCAGUAGAUACAAAAUCUGUAGUACAACCUGCUGAGGAAAAGAACAAUAAAUUGAGGGUCAAGCAUUCUGGAAAAAAUGGGAGAAGCACAACUCCUCAGUUGAUGUCUAACUCAAACAAUUCCAGGCAGAUGGAACUUGACUUAAUCUAUGGUAGUGAAGACAGAGAUGCUGAUAGAUUGAGCACUGGUCAGAACUAUGGAAGGCUAAGGCCUCGUGAACAUCCCCAAGAGGAGGAGUUGCAGAAGUUUAAGAAAGAAUUUGAGGCAUGGCAAGCAGCAAGGCUUAGGGAAUGUUCCAACAUUGUUGGGCUUGGAAGUAUUGGGAAGCAGGGACUUCCUGAAAAGAAAUCCAACAAGGAAAAGAUUACAACUUAUGCAAAUUUUGGGGAAAAAAUGAGUGACAAACCCAUAGAACCAGAUGGUUUUAUCUUAAAAGCAAGUUCACAUGAAAGAAGUGGUCUACAUCAUAACAGACAUAAAACGGAGCACUUCCAAGAUGACCAAAGGAAAUGGUUUCCAUCAAGAAGCCGAAGCAUGAGUGCAGACUUUGAGCAGUCUUCCAUGAUGGAUUAUGAUGGAAAACUGGAUACUGCUCCAACAAGGAUAAUAAUAUUGAAGCCUGGUCCUGAUAGGUUUUGUGACCAUGAAGAGUCUCUGACCAGUUCCUCAGGUACUUUAGAAGAAAGGGGCAGCAUGGAAAGUUUUCUUGAGGAGGUAAAGGAGCGGCUGAAACUGGAACUGCAAGCUAAAACUCUUAAAAGAAGUGCUCUGGUCAGAGGAAGUGGAAUUGAAACCCCUUUCAGUGAAAAGCCAUCAGAUUCAAAGCAAAUUGCUAGGGAUAUAACAAAACAGGUCAAAGAAAAUGUUAGUAGGGAUAUUGGAACGAAUUUUCUCCGUUCAGAAUCAACAAGAUCAUACAGAAGUGAAAGUCAGUUCAAGGGACCAGGUUCCCCAGAUUACAUCAACGGAGAUACAAGGAGAUUUUUGUCAGAGAGACUAAGGAAUAUUCUGAAGCAAGAAACACAUUUGGAUGCUCCUAUGUGUGCCGGUGGCAGCUCUAGAUCAUCUAUGUUUGACAACGGAAGUAACAUAAGACAAAUGCAAGAGACAGUAAAGUUUGGAAAUGAGAAGAGUUGCUGGGAAAUUGUGAGAGAUGAGCAAGAAAUGCAAACUAGAUCUUUCAGGCAUGGAAAUGACAAUGGAGUGCUCCUAAGGGAAGUGUCUCCUAGAAAUCUCAUAAGGUCUUUGUCAGCCCCUGUAUCAGGAACAUCAUUUGGAAAGCUUCUUUUAGAGGAUCGCCAUGUUAUAACCGGUGCUCAAAUCAGGAGGAAGCAUGAAGGCAUUGAUAAUGUUUCAGUAGAUGUAAGAAAAAGGAAGAAAGAAAGGUUUAACUUUAAAGAAAAAGUUUCAAGUAUCAGGUAUAGUUUCACUCUUCCACGGAGGCUGUUUGGGAAGAAAAUUCAAUCAAUGGUGGAAUCAAAAAAUGCUGAAAACAACCUUCUAAAGGAUAUCAUGAGUGGGCCAACUGUAAUCAUGAACUUUACUGAGAGACUUGAGAACUCUACUGAGGUGCCCCCCAGUCCUGCAUCUGUUUGCAGCAGCACUCAUGAAGAAAUCUGGAGGCAAGUUGAUCAUCUCAGUCCCAUAUCAACACCUGAUACAACUGCAGGGGAAGAAAAUGCUAUAGCACAGGUUUUCAAAGAGAUUAGUUCCGACUUGAAUGAGCUGCAGAGGCAAUUGCACGAACUUGAGCCUGAUAGCAGAGAGGAGAGAACAGUUGAAGAGGAACCUAUAGAAUCUGAGACAAUGGAUAUUGAGGACGAGGCAGAAUCUUACAUAAGAGAUCUGCUUGUUGCUUCUGGUUUGUAUGAUGGAAAAUCUGACAAAUUGUUUUCUAGAUGGGAUCCACUUGCAAAGCCUAUCAGCAACACUGUCUUUGAACAAGUUGAAGAAUCUUAUAGAAAAUUGUCUAAGGAAAUUGAGAGCAAUGCAAUUGAUCACAAUGAGAAGAAGGUGGAUGUAGAUCAUAGAGUGUUGCUUGAUUUGUUGAAUGAGGCACUUUUGACAGUACUUGGACCACCCGUAACCAUGUCUAAAUUCAGAAGAAAGCUGAUCAGUUCCUCCACAUUGCCAGCUCCACGCAGAAAGAAGUUAUUGGAUUCUGUGUGGAAGAUUGUUCAUGUCUAUUUAUACCCUCCAACUGAUAGAUCCAAUUACACCAUUGAUGGUAUGGUGGCCCAAGAUUUAGAAUCCACUCCUUGGUCUGGUUUGAUGGAUGAUGAAACCAAUGUUUUGGCAACAGAGGUGGCAUGCCACAUACUUGAAGAUCUCGUUGAGGAAACCACAAAGCAUAUGCAUUUAUGAUGGUGCGGAGAUAAAAUGGCAUUCUACAUUCUGGCUCAUCAUUCUUAUGACUCAGCUGGUUAGAUGCAAGUAGGGAGACACAAUGGAGGCAGGUAUUAGAAGUAGUGCAAGCCGUAAAUAUGGAGGUAAGGUAUAUAUAAGUGAUUUUACAGGGUGAAAUCCUAACUUGGGAUUGACAUUUGUGCUUUAUACAACUUAAUGUAGAUUGGGAUUGCUAUUCUUGCACAUAUUUUGUCUGUGGGUUUUGUCAUAUAGAAGUUCAUUGCUGGUAUACAUACCACACAUGACUGCUUGUGUAAUAAGAGGAUUUUAUCAUCAUUUGGUUUACAUAUGAAUGCAAUUUUUGGGGUUUUUUCUUUUUAACCAAAGAUAAAUGAUUUAAUUCUUC